AUGGCACCGUCAAGCAUGAACUUGGACCCCAAAAGCUAUACCAAGCUGUACCUGAAUGGGUCCUAUGUCUCGCCACAGUCCGGCCAAUCUUACAGUCUGAAGAAUCCGAAAGACGGCAGUGCAGUAACGGAUGCCAUUCCCGUUGCAGGGCAGGAGGACAUUGAUGCAGCGGUAAAGUUCGCUGAGGCAGCCUUCCAGGGUCCAUGGAAGGCAUUCUCUGCGGCUCAGCGCACAGAGUGCUUCACUAGACUUGCACAACUCAUCGACACGCAUCUGGUCGACAUCCUUACUCUUGACUCGUAUACCAGUGGCAACCCAACCAGUAUCAUCCCCACGCGCGAGAAGACCUAUAUCAAGAAUACCAUAGCUUACUAUGCCGGAUGGACUGACAAGCAAGCCGGAGACUACUUGCCCGCCGAUGAUGGCUUUGCCAAGAUCGUCACCCAUGAGCCUUUGGGCGUCUGUGCGGCUAUCAACCCUUUCAACGCCCCCGUUGCCACCAUGUUCCUUAAGGUCGCCCCGGCUCUGGCUACUGGCAACGUAGUAAUUGUCAAACCGUCCGAGAAGACACCCUUGGGCACGCUGGCCGUUGCCCCGUUGUUUGAACAGGCAGGCUUUCCACCUGGCGUUCUGCAGGUUGUCACUGGUGCCGGUGAUGUGGGUGCACUUCUGUCAUCCCAUAUGCGCAUCCGCAAGAUCUCUUUUACGGGGAGCGUUGGCACUGGCAAAGCUAUCCAGAUUGCAGCCGCAAAGAGCAAUCUGAAGCGUGUUACACUAGAGCUCGGAGGCAAGAGCCCUGCAGUUGUGUUUGCAGACGCCAAUCUCGAUAAUGCACUGACGUGGACUGUCAACGCAAUCCUCGCUCGAUCAGGCCAGGUCUGUAUGGCAGCGACUCGCGUGUACGUACAGGAUUCGGUGGCGGAAGAAUUCAUCAAGCGUUAUAUGGAAAAGAUGACGGAGGCUGCCAGCUUUCUUGGUGAUCCCCAGGAUACGAGCACCAAAAUGGGUCCAUUGGUUGACCAGGGACAGUUUGAAAAGGUCAUGGCCAUUCUUGAAAAGGGUAGCAGCGAGGCUGAGCUGGUCGUCGGCGGGAAACGACAUGGCUCAUCCGGAUGCUAUGUUCAACCUACGGUCUUCCUCAAUCCUCGGGCUGAUGCUUCCAUUUACAAAGAGGAGAUCUUUGGUCCCGUCUCGAUAGUCAAGACUUUCAAAACGGAAGAUGAAGUCGUGAGCCUGGCAAAUGACACAGAGUAUGGUCUUGUGGCCGGGCUUUUCACCAAAGACGUAACUCGUGCGUUGCGGGUUGCACAUCGACUUGAGGCCGGUGUCAUAGGCGUCAACUGUGUCAGUCUGAACAACAUGCAGGUUCCCUUUGGAGGCUCGAAGCAAUCCGGGAAUGGUAGGGAAAUGGGUGAAUAUGCACUCAGAGCGUACACCGAACCCAAAACGAUUCUGAUAAACGUGAAUGCUUGA